UUUGGGAGCAUCACCUCAAUAAUUACCAAGAAGUUGCACUGUUCUUUAACUGCCUAAUCUUUCCUGCGGAACAACGUAAUAAAAGCAGAACCCUUCAAAUUCUCUGACGUUAAGCAUUUUUUUUGGAGGAUUCCAGAUUCAGGUAAUUGCCCAUUAAAAUCUUCAAUUUCCCAGGUAUUUAACAUAUUUCAUAGCCUCCCUUCAUACAACUCUAGUUUGUGCUGCUCCACUAUCUAUCCUUAGGAAUAUCUGGACCUAUGUAUCAUUUAUGCAGGUAUUGACUGGUAGUAUUCUCACAUUUCUUUUAGCAGUUUUUUUGCUAUUGCAUACAGAGCAUUAUGAGUCCUAAGGCUUCAUUAGAACAAAAUUGCACCAGUUGGUCUUGCAUCAACCAAUGGUAUGCAGCACAGCAGGUCCAAUAAUUUAAAACAGAAAAUGAUGGAAAUAUACAGCAUUUCACUCCGAGCUUAUUUAUGAUGUUUCAUCAGUGCAGUUCUUAAUGAGGGUGAACACCUGAAACUUAGUGCAAAUCUCCUUUCGAUUACCUAAUGUAAAAGUUAUCCAUUUAGUAUGUGAUUUGAAUGGAAGUAGGUUGCCAGUGAUAAUGUAUGAUUUGUUUUAAUUCUAAAUAAAAAUCUAUUAAAAUAUACAAAUUGAAAUUAUGUUUAGUAUGAAGCUGGAGGGAAUGUUAGGCAUUUAAUCCAAAGAGAAACCACACUAUUUACUAGCAAUGCAACACCUAAAAAAGAUGCUGUUUGAAGGGCUGUGAAAUUUUUUUGUAUGAAUUCAGUAACUUGCUAAUUUUUAUUUUUUUAUCUGUUUUAGGCAUCGUUCCUUUAAGGGUUUGACAGAGCGCUUUGAGCUUUUUGUUAUGAAAAAGGAGAUCUGCAAUGCUUAUACAGAAUUAAAUGAUCCUAUUAAACAAAGACAGCUGUUUGAAGAUCAAGCAAAGGCUAAAGCAGCUGGUGAUGAUGAAGCCAUGUUUAUUGAUGACAACUUCUGUACAGCUUUGGAGUAUGGACUUCCUCCUACAGCUGGCUGGGGCAUGGGAAUAGACAGACUUACCAUGUUCCUGACUGAUUCUAAUAAUAUCAAGGAAGUCUUGUUCUUCCCUGCAAUGAAACCAGAGGACAACAAAAAGGAACCUGCAGAUUCAACUGAAAAUGAACAUUCAGCAGAAUAGGAGUAUUGCUCAUUAGCUUAGAAUACAGAAUGAUGAUUGAAAAGGAGAAAUGUGAUACAGUUAGAAAAUUACUACUUAUAGUUAAUGAGUACAUUUGAAAACUUUAAUGUUAUUUGCUUCGCUUCCUCUCUCCUUUCCCUGUGAUUAAAUUUCUUAUUAAACUAGCUACUGAAUAUGUGUGCUAUUAUACGCUUGAUAUACCGUAAAUGUAUUCGGUGUCUUCCAAAUUUAUUUAACUCUGCCAACAUCGAUAGAUUGUUCUUCUUUUUUUUUUUCUUUAAAUUUGCAACAACUAUCCAUCCCUGUAAAUCACUUCAAAUCAAGAAAAUUAAUUUUUUUUUUAAUUGUACUGCUUAACAGCUUUUAUACUACUGUGGUAUACCCAGAUUUGUUUCUUUAAUACUGAAGUUCAGAUGCAUAUGAAGUGAAUGGGUCUCUCAGUGAAUCACUCAAUAAACUAAGGCAAUGUAAUGAGA